CUACCAGCCAGCCUACACGACUUUUUUCCUUCAUGAAUCCAUUGGCAAUGGAAAUUUGGUUGUAUGUGCUUACCGCUUACAUCCUUGUUUCACUUACUUUAUUCGUGAUGGCCCGAUUUUCACCAUAUGAGUGGAACAAUCCACAUCCUUGCAUGAAAGAAUCCGAUAUAGUUGAAAAUCAAUUCUCCGUUUCAAACAGCUUUUGGUUUAUAACGGGAACAUUUCUUCGGCAAGGAUCGGGCUUAAAUCCAAAGGCAGUAUCAACUCGUAUUGUUGGAGCAAUUUGGUGGUUUUUUACACUAAUUAUUAUAUCGUCAUAUACUGCUAACUUGGCUGCAUUCCUAACUGUAGAACGUAUGAUAACCCCGAUCGAGGGUGCUUCUGACUUAGCUGAGCAAAGUGAUAUUUCAUAUGGAACCUUGGAAGGAGGAUCAACUAUGACAUUUUUUAGGAAAGUGGUCACCAAUAAUAUAACUCUCAAUUGGCCGGUAUAAAGUCAU